AUGGCGGCAGAGAGCUCCAGUGAGCUGCCGGUGGUACCGCCGGUCGGGGCCGGGCUAAGCGGGCCUCUCGCCGCCACUUGCCGCCGCUGCAGCAGCAGCAGCAGCAACUCCAGCUCGUCUUCGUCGUGGUGCGUGGGGACAGUGCUAGCCCGUCCGGCCCCGGGCGGCGUCCCCGGGAAAUGGGUCCGGCUCAACGUGGGCGGCACCUGCUUCCUCACCACCCGGCAGACGCUCUGCAGGGACCCCAAAAGCUUCCUUUUCCGCCUCUGCCAAGCCGACCCGGACCUCGACUCCGACAAGGAUGAAACAGGUGCCUACUUAAUAGACAGAGAUCCAACCUACUUUGGACCAAUAUUGAACUAUCUCCGGCAUGGGAAACUGGUUAUCAAUAAAGACCUUGCAGAGGAAGGUGUGCUUGAAGAAGCUGAAUUCUACAACAUCAUAUCCUUAAUAAAACUUGUGAAGGACAAAAUAAGGGAAAGAGACAGCAAAAUCUCACAGGUGCCAGUCAAGCAUGUUUACAGAGUGCUGCAAUGCCAGGAAGAGGAGCUGACCCAGAUGGUUUCCACCAUGUCCGAUGGCUGGAAAUUUGAACAGCUAGUCAGCAUUGGAUCCUCCUAUAACUAUGGGAAUGAAGACCAGGCUGAAUUUCUGUGUGUCGUCUCCAAGGAGCUGCACAACACCUCUUACGGAACAGCCAGUGAGCCAAGUGAGAAGGCGAAGAGUGAAGACGAGGAGACGGAUUACGAUAUGAAUGACUCAGAUUAAGUGUGUAUGCAAUGAUCUUGCAAGAGCGAGGUUCAAGGAUGUAACUGUGCCCCAGUAUUGAAUGCUGAAGAGCUUUCUUCUUAAUUGCCACAUGAAGAGGCUUGGCACCAAGAAGUUCAGAGAAUUUAUGUUGAUCUAGAUUUUGAACUCUUUAAAGUGGUGCAGCUGGAGCAAGAUGCUUGCAGAUGUGUGCCUGUUCCUACUGUGAGAGGGGUUGUGCUGAUCUUAAUCCUAUGGAAAGAAUCGACGUCUGUAUGCUUUCCCACCCAAGAAAUGUAGCACUCUGUCCAGAGCGUUCUAUAUGAAGCUUUGCUGAUUGCUGGGAAGUGAUUUGGGUUUUAAUCAUUGCAGACAGUUCAAGGACAACAUAUUUGGUGCUACGUAUAAAUGGCAGUCCAUAUAUGGGCCUACACCAUUGGGCAGCCCAGUUGACUGCUGCUCCUUGGGGCCCUAAUGUAAGAAUAUGAUAGGAAACGAGAGGCACUGGCCCAGGCUCAAGAAAGGAUGUGCAUCUCUUUCCUUGCUUCCCUCAAUACCCAAAGGAAUUCCUACUCUAGAAGAAGUUUUUUCUUUUCUUGCCUGUAUCUCUGGGGAUGGCCUUUUUCUCCCUAUUAUGAAGUUAAUCUUCAGUUUGAGCUACAAUUUAGGAUUGAAGAUCCAAUUUUUAAAAAUGGGGCAGCAUCUUGCCUUUCAAAUACCCAACCCAAAGUUGCAUUGUUUUUAGAAAUGUCUGCAAGUAUUGAUGCCCUUGUGAAAUGUGGGAGCUGAAGAUAGGCCUGGGCUUAAAUCUUAAUGGGUGCUCAAUCCUGAUGGUUGGGAAUGAGGGCCUGUGUGCCCUAAGCUUAAGAGCUUGUGCAACUGAAAGCAGGAAUUCUUGUGAUUCUUUAACAGAUGUUUACAGUCAUUUCUACAUUCUCUUAUCUAUGCAGUUCCUCUGAUGUUUUGGCAUGUACUGUCAAAAACACUUGUGGUUUCAUUAAGAGGCUUGUGGUAAAUGUGAAGAAACACAACUGGAGUUUUUUAGUGCACUGUGUUUAAAUGAAACCAUGAGCAUGUUUCUUGAAAUAGGUUUAAAGAAGUAUAUAUUUCAAGUUUCUGCUUCAUAGAGAGCAACCAAUGCUUGUCUGAGGCUUUCUAACACUCUACCCAUAUUUUACACUGUUUCAUUCAACAAAUGUUGUGUGUAUACACCGCUUUCUUUACCAUUCAGGUGUGCAGCAUCCUCACUGUCUUGAGCAUAUCUUGCCUGCCUGCAUUAUUGAUUUUGAAAAACCAUUUCUGCCCAGAUCAGCAAGUGGGUGCCUCUCCCACCCACUGUCUUGUAAAUUGUCAUUUAGGCUGGUCUGCACAGAAGGUUAUGAGGCCCUUCUCAAUACUGAGUAGUCUUUGUCUUUUUUUAAGAUGUUAGAACUGAACUGAAUUUUCUAAAAUGUAAUAUUCUGGAAGGUGAACUAUUUCUACUUUUAUACUUUUUAAGGCAUACAUGUUUGAUUACUUUCAGGCCAAUGCCACCAUUUUCCCUGAGAGAUAAUAUUUUAUCUUAUGCCUAUAGAGAGAAAUAUAACACUGUGUGCGUAGAUAGGUGCCUGUUGCAAGGAUUGCCAUUGAAUUCCUUCAGGUUCCACUGUUCUGUUAAGCAUUCUGGAGAGGGAAUGGAGUGUUUGAAAAAAUUCCACACCAAAACAUCCUGUCCAGAACCUUCCUUUAAGCACAUUCGUGUGAGUAGCAAGGAAUCUGAUUGUUAGAAAUGGGACAGGAGCAAAGUCCACUGUGUGAAAGAAGGGGACAAGGGAACAGCUUUUGUGACCACUAAAGUUUAUCUUCAACGCGUUUGCUGCUUUGGGUUGGGAUGACUUUCACUUUGCUGCCAUAAUCCCCUUCCUGUAGCUCAUGUGUGUGUGUGUUUGAGGUUGGAGAUUUUAAUCCAGCACCUAUUCACCUCUGGUGUCAGGAGACAUUUUGGAAGAGGCUGUAGCUCUUGAGGUGGUCUUAUUAUAUGGGGUUUUUAGCUGCAGGCAAGAUUUUCCCUUUGCAUUGAUUUGGUUUGGCUUCUUAUUGAAUUUGUAAAAAGUCUAGCAUGUUAAACAAUGAGACCUGUCUUUGAAUUUAUACCAUGAAAUUUCAGUUGUAAUCUAGGAUUUAAGUUUGGAGGUGUGAAAUGCUUUGUUAUAUUCUCCAUAACUGGAACAUGGUCUGUGGCAUGUAGCGUAGCAUCUUGAGAAUGUCAGUUUUCAUUGUUUUAAAAAGCAAGUUUCCGGUUCUCAGAGUUGGUCAAUAUGGGCAGUGUUUGAUGAAAGAUACCCCCUUCCAACCCUGCUGUUUCUUGUCACCUCCAUGCCUUUCAUUCGCUCUGUUUCCCUUUGUAAUUCACUCAUUGCCAGCAAGGUCCCAAAACUGGAAGAAGAGUAAUAAAUAAAUAAAUAAAUAAAUAAAUAUGGAAAACUGUGCAAA